UUACCCUUACCCUCCCUCCCAGAAGCGGUUUCUUUCCUCAAUCAAAAUAUCUCUCUCUCUCUCUCUCUCUCGAAUCCAAUUCCUUCUAGAAAUCACAACUACUUCUUCGAAACCGAGGGUUAGGGUUUCUUCUCCCCCCCCCUUUCCCUCUCUCUAUUUAAGAAUAAAAUUUGAAGUAGCAGGCUUUCAAAUUCGUCCUCUUCGCCCACUUGGGUUGGGGUUAGUUUUUAGGGUUGGGGAUUAGGGUUGCUACCGCUACUCGGGAAUAAGGAAGAUGUAUGCUGAUCGAGAAGAAGCUGAUGCCAAGAGGUCCAUUAAAGAGCGUCUCAAUGGCAACAACUUCAGGGAUCGUAGACAAGUAGCCGGCAAAAGGCAGAGACAAGAUGACAAGUGGGAGCAUGAUCUUUAUGAUGAUAACGAACCUCAAUUAUCAAAUCGCAAAGUUGGGGACCUUCGUUUGAAGCUCCAGAGGAAAAGUUUCAAACAAACAUCUGGAACAAGAUCUGUUUCAGGUGUAAGGGACCUACGGGAAAAGCUUUCUGGUACUAUGAAGCCACAACCAGUGAAUGCCGAUCCACCAAGGUCAAAAGUAGAGGCUGCUAAAUCAGCAAGGAGAACCAUUGCUGUUGCUGCACCUGCACCAGAGACUCACAAAGUUGCCAACACAACAUCUAGGAAGAAGGCUUCAAAAAAGGUUGGCACAUCAGUGGACGAAUUUUUGACGUCCUUGGAUCUUGAAAAGUAUUCCAUUACAUUUCAGGCAGAGGAAGUUGAUAUGACGGCUCUUGUGCACAUGACUGAUGAGGAUCUCAAGGCUCUAGGAAUACCAAUGGGUCCAAGGAAGAAGAUUCUUUUGGCAUUGGAAUCAAGAGUUUGACAUUUGAGGCUGGAUAGUUUCUGUGCCCAAUCUCAUCAUGUUUAUUAUGACUAAAUCUAGCAGGUCUUCUUUUGAUUGGUAUUAACCUGCGUGUAAUUUUUUCUUUUAACCUCCGUUUUCUUUUUAUUCUAGUAUGCAAUGCUGUAAGUGGCCUCAAUGAGCUCAUUAUUUAUAUAAACAUGUUAAAUUUUAGCUUGGAACAUCUGGAAUUUGAAGUUAAAUGAAUUUAUUGCCGUCUUUUCUUCCAAA